AGAGCAUGUUUUUUGUCGCCCAAUAUGUUUUGGCGUAUUUGUUUUCUUUUUGAGCUCCGAUGCAAAAGAGAGUCUUUUUCAUCGACCAUUAUACAUGUUCAUUAACACGUCGUCAUUCGUAGUCGCCGAGUUUCGCCUAUGUUUGGACAUCUAUGUGGAGCUUCAUCUAUAUUGUUGCGAUUUUUCGGUUAAUUUUCGCCCUAAAAUUUGGGAACCAUUAAAUAAAUAUAAGUAAGACAAAACAAAUCAAGUUUAGAGCUUUACCCCUCCUCGCCAGUGCCCGCUUCGAGUUGCAUUUUAUUAUUAUUAUUUUAUCGUGUAUGGACAGCAUAGUUUGUGUACGCAGUGGACAACUCAUCUGAAAUCGGCGAGAAAAGUGGUGUGCAGCUCGUUUAAAUAAGACCGUAUUACUUCUUUUUAACGAACAAUUGUUCAUGAAUUGUAAAUAGAAGCUUUUUUGUUCUGCUAAAAAGCAUCGCAGAAGACACACACACAUCGACCGGCGGGCUGAAAGUGAGAGCCGAACGAACGUAUACGGAAAAGUCGAUCAAAAGUGUUGAUCGAAAAAAUUAAUCAAACGUUUGCUUGCUUUGGUUGUACUGUGCGGUCAUCCAACAUCCAACACACAACGCGAAAAGUAGUGAAAAAGAGUGCUCAUCGUGUGAUACGAAGUUUGCAAGCCACUGCGAAAAAGUGAGCCAAUAUAGUGCUAGGCGGUCAUUAACUGAGCAGGCGAAGUGCCCCGAAACAGGACAGAAGGAUAGCAUCGAUAUUCCUGUGGUUCCGCCCGGAAGAAGCCCAGUGUACGCCUGUUGAUUUUUUUUUCCACCCCUCCAUUCCGGAACAGAGUGCAAUUCGGUCGUCUGCUCGUUGGUCGGGAAAAAAUCGAAAAGGAAACCACUACACAAAACAAUGGAGAAAAGAAUAGCUUUGGAAAAACGCGGACGUCCCGAUGAACAGAUCACCGAACUCAUCCUGGACAAUUGCCGCAGUACCAAUAUCGAAGGCCUUACUGACAGCUUCAAAGCGCUAGAAGUGCUCAGCCUGAUCAAUGUUGGCUUGGUUUCGUUGAAAAGUUUCCCCAAGUUGCCGAACCUGCGCAAGCUAGAACUGUCCGACAAUAGGAUUUCGAACGGAGUGAGCCACCUGACCGGCAGUCCCAAGUUGACACAUCUUAAUCUGUCCGGCAACCGGAUCAAGGAUUUUGAGGAGCUGAAGCCACUGAAGGAACUCGAAAAUUUGGAGGUUUUGGACCUAUUCAAUAAUGAAGUGACCACAACCGAAGACUACCGGGAUAAGAUUUUCGAGCUGAUUCCGUCGCUGAAGUACUUGGAUGGCUUUGACAAAGAAGAUACGGAAGCACCUUCAGAUGAAGAAGACGAAGUCAACGGUGGCGGAGAAGAGGAGGAGGACGAAGAAGACAACGCAUGUUUUUCGAUCAACGGGAUUGAAUUCGACCUGGACGAACUGGAACAGUUCGAAACUCGGCUCAAACAGAAAAGAUCUGGCUCUACCACCACGAAUAAGCAGUCCAUUAACGAGCUCCAAGGCCAGUUUAAUGGAAUGGACCUAAAACAAGAUGCUCCCGAAAAGGUUGCUGCUACUCCUGAGCCAGAAGUCAAAGAUGACAUCGAUCUUUUGUACGAGGAAAUUCAAAAAAAGAACGAACAGCAGCAUGAUGUACAGCAACUCUCGGCCAUCGGUGACAGACCAUCACUGGGGUCACUUCUGCUGGCCUUUCUUUCACUGUUAGCCUUUAUAAAUCAAAUAUGCUAUGCUUUGCGAAGUCAGCAGUUGAUCGAGAUUGAACUGGAUUCUUCCGAUUACGAUGAGGACGAGGAAAAUGAUAUUUCGCUAGCCGAUGUGUACAAUGACAACCUCGAGGAGGACGGCUCCGAUUGGAACGAGGAGGACGGUGAGGUAGACGAUGACAUCGACGAACCCACCGAUGAGGACGAAGAUGACGGUGAGGGAGACAUUGAAGGCGAGACCGAAGGUGGCGCUGCUGGUGCGAAGGUCGUUUCCGAUGGCGAAGCUGAAGACUCAGCCGAAGCAAGGGGCAAGAAACGAAAACACGACGGCAAUGACGGUUAGGUGCGCUCUUCUUUUCAACGCCCACUUUACUUUAAUUACUGAUAAACUGUAUUGAUAAGUUUUGAUUGUAAGAAUACAAAAUAACAAAAAAUUGAAAAAGAUGAAGCAAAACCCAGAUAAAUCGUAUAAACAAAAACCAAUACAAAUUUACAAUAAACCAAUCGUAGAGUACAUCCGACACAGACAGGAAAACAAAAACAUAGUUGAACUACGCACCCAAAAAAAAAAAAAAAAGAACAAGUAAAAAUCCUUGUACGUAGUGAGAGAGAGAGAGAACCGUUGGCAAGAUUAUACAGGAAAUUUGUUCCGACUGCGAUUUUUACGCAGUUGGUCAGAUAGCGGGAUGAAGAUAGUUGAACAUUGUUUUGAAUGGAAUCCGUAUUCAUCACGGUAAAACAAAGAGCUAAAGUCAGAUUUUAUUUUAUUUUUCUUCUGCUGAGUUUUCCUUGCAUUUUGACGCAGCAGAACAAUAGCUAUAAAACAAAUCAAAGAAAUUGAUGAUCCAAAUGUGAAGUAGGACAUUAUGUUGCGCCCUGAUAAAAAAAAACAAUAUAAUUUUUUUAUAUUACAGAAAAAUGACCUUUAACUAAAUAAAGCGAUAAAAUACAAACAAAAAAGGAAAAAAACUGAAUCAUUGUUUGUUGGAUGUUAACUUAUAAAAUGAUUGGAGUCUCUUUUGUAAGGAGAUUAUUUUAUUAGACAUGUAACAUACCUUUCUCUUUGUUUCGACUCACAAUAUUUACCUUGCUAUACUUUGCUCCCUCGCGGGAUCGAAACAGUCAAUCAGCUAGUUUCUCCAUAUCUACUGUACAUUGUUUCUCGUUCAAAGAAAAUGUAAGUUAUAUAAAAAAAAAUCUGUAGAAUUUGCUAAAUCAGCGGUGUUUUAUUUUAAAUAUUUGCAUUGAAUUUCCCUCAUGCGCAUUGUUUUUUUUUCAAAUCGGUGAACCCAAAUUACAUUGGAAGAUAGAUUAUAUCUAUAUAUACAUAAUAAAAGUCAGUGCUAUAUGCAAAACGGGGAAGGUUUACACGGCAACACCUACAAAAAAACAGUAAAAUGAAAAAAUGAGUAAAAAAUCAACCAUCUGCUGAGUCGGAAAUCGAUGAUGACAUAAAAAGAACAAGCAAAAUUUAUAACAUUAACUGAAAGUAUUUGUUUAAAUAAAAAAAAUAACCAAAA